AUGCUAUGUAGACAAGAUGAUGAGUAUGAAGACGAAGAGCAGCAAUACUAUGAGGAGGAAGGUUACGAAGGGGAUGAGGAUUACUAUGGCGAUGAGGGACAAGAGUUCGAAGAGGAGUAUGAGGAAGGAAUCUAUGAAGAGGGAGAGUUUGAGGAGGGGGAAUUCGAUGAAGGAGGCUACGAGGGCGAACACUUUGGUUUGGAGGACAGUGAGUUUAUGUACGAGGAACAAGAGGUUGAAGAAGAAGACUUUGAAGGAGAAGACUUAGAGGACGAGGUAGAUUUCCAAUUGGAUCCGGACGCCAGAUUGGAGGACUACCUUUAUGAUGAAGAAAUCCAAGCGAUGGCAGUUUUACCAGAAGAAGGUGUACCUUUCCGAGAGGGGGAGCUUCAAUUGAUGAUGUUUGAGUCUCCACCAGAAGAAGAAAGUUCUUUCAAUGAUGACGGCGUUCCUCCUUCAGAGGACGAUUUCUUCUCAUCCGAAUUUGUCGAAAGUGAUGUCGGAGACUAUGUUCCACCUUUAACCAACACAAAAAAGGCUUUGAUAUUCAGAUUAAUGAAAUUGCAAAUCAAUGAAGAUGAUGAAGAUGCCGACGAGAAACAAGCAGAACGUGACAGAAUCCUUAAAGAAUUUCAGGAAUAUUUCUUAAAAAAACGGGCUGCUAAGGCAUACCGUCGUUACAAGAAAGUUGAAGAAAUGGAAAUGGAGGAUCCAACACAAGAAGCCUUUAUAUUGGAAAAAAUGGAAAUUGCUGAUAAAAAAUUACACAGAUCCUUUUAUUACGAAGAGUUUGAACCGUGGACUUAUAAAAGACUAUUAAGAAAACGUCGAAGAGCAAUCAGGCGAAAAUAUGAAAGGUAUAGUCUUGAUCCUGACUAUCGUGAGGAGAUUAAAGAGGUGAUUCUAAGAAAUGUCGGAAAAUUUUUGGUACCUGAAUUGGAGAAACCGCCACCUCCAAUCCCAGUGUUGCUCGGUGAUAGUGAUCUUGACGACGACGAUGAAGAGACUUACGUUACGGAAGACGAAGAAGAGGCUGGAGGAGACGAAGCGGCAGAUGAGGAAGAAGCUGAUGCAGAGGGCGAACCUGUACCAGAAGAUGAUGCCGUAUCUGUUUCAGAAGGGAGCUCUUUCUAUGACGAUGAUAUACCAAACUCCGAGCUAGAGUAUUUCUCAUCGGACUACGAGGAAGAUUGCGAUAUAUACUACCCCGGGGCGAGAUCCAGAACUCUUGAUAGAUAUCGAGGACUCCUAGCAAAGUGUCGCAGCCAAUUCUUCGACGAUGAAGCAACGAAAGUUGAAAAACUAAUCAAAGCAGCAGAAGUCGAGGUACAAUUUCAAACCUUCCUUGAGCGCAAACGAGCCUAUAAGGCACUCUCUAGACUGAAAGUAGUAGAAGACAUGAAACUUACAGACCCUGCAGAAGAAGCGGAACAAUUUCUUCAUUUGGAAAUUGUUGAUAAAAAACUACACCGUGCAUACUAUUAUGGCGAGGAUGAGCCCCAGACCUAUAAAAUUUUGUUGGGAAAGCGCAGAAGAGCGUUGAUUCGAAAAUAUGAGCGCUUUGCUCGAGACGAAAGAUUUCGAGACCAGGUGAAGCGGAAUAUUUACACACAAGUAUUGAGAGUGCAACCAAGCCCUAUGUUUGAUGCCGAUUUCACGGACGAUGGAGAAAGUUCCUUCAAUGAUUCGGAAGUACCAUCGUCUGAAGAACAAUUCAUGUCCCCCGGAGAAAUAGAAGUUCCACGAGCGUACGAAAAGCCGGUUACAAGAAGAAAGCAAGAGCUUUACGAUCUCUUGGAACAAUAUGAACCCGAUGGAUUAAACGAUGAUGAUGAUAUGAUAAUGGAGAAACGAGCGAGACGUUUAGAAAUCAUCCAAAGAUUCAAAGAUACCCAAGCCAAAAAUAGACUGGAAAAAGCGCAGAGGCGUUUAGACGAAGUGCGUAAUAUGGGAAUAAACGAUCCUUUCAUAUUGGCCAAUGAGUUGAAGGAUCGCGAAAUAGCUGACAAGAAAUUAAAUCGCGGCUUCUACUACUCCCCAGGCGAGCCAGACGUAUUUAAAUUACUCCUUGAAAAACGGAUCCGAGCCAUUAUGCGGAAAUGCAAGAAAUAUGCAACUGACAAAAAGUUUCGUGAGGAGCUACAUAGCAGAUUGGCCAAACCCCAGACAAAGAAAAUUGAAGCAAUCUAUGAUAAGGAAGUCACAUGGCAAUCGUUUGGGGACCCAUAUGAUUUUGGUGAACAAAGUCUUGUAAGAUUCUUAGUUAUUUCUUGA